AUGUCGCAGCUUAAUCUCAAAGAAGCUUUCAAGCAAAAUAUCGUCCUAUUAAAAGCCAUGGGAUUGUGGUUUUUUGAAAACGAAAGUUUUUACAAAUUAUUCAAGUAUUUCGUCCAAGGCUCUUUAGUGUUUGAUAGCACUUCUCUGAUAAUCUAUGUUGCUCUCAACAUUCGAAUUAAAAAUGUUACAGACACGAUUUACAGCCUACCGGGGUCCCUAGAAGUGGUUUUGCAAGCGAUAUUAUUUAGAAAAAAUUUCCAUCUUAUUAGAAAGAGUUUGCAAAAUUUGAAGCAAAAGGAGUUUCAACCUAAGAAUGAUACUCAAGAGAAAAUACUCAAAGAUUCUAUUGCCUUAUCGAGACACGUGUUUUACUCAUUUUUUGGACUAGUUAUUGUCAUGAUUGGAAUGUGGAUGAUACUUCCUUUAACAAAACAAGGAAAAUACUUACCAACGAAAUAUUGGAUUCCUUUUGAUUACCGAUUACCAGUUGUGUACGAAUUGCUUUAUCUUUUCGAAUGCAGUUGUAUUAUCUUUCAUGCUUUCUCCAAUGUGGCUUUAGACACGUUUUUUUCAAUUGCAAUGAUUCAGAUUGGGGCUCAGUGUGAUGUGCUUUGUGACACUAUCAGAAAUAUGGAUGAACUGACAGAAACUAAUCUAGAAGAUAAUUACGAAAAAAAUAAUGCAAUGAACAAAAAAUUAAUUGACUGCAUCCACCAUUAUCGACUCAUUGAAGAAUUUGCCAAAUCAAUUGCCACUUCUUUCAAAGAAAUUUUAAUGGUGCAGUUUGUGUGCUCUAGUUUAAUGUUAUGUGUAUCAAUGUACGAAUUAUCAUUAUCGGAACCGAUGAGUGGCCACUUUUUCCAAGUCUUUCUCUUUCAGAUCUCAGCUACUAAUGAGAUUUUUUUGUAUUGUUGGUUUGGGAAUGAAGUUAUCAUAAAGAGUGAAAGAUUAUUUUAUGCCGUGUUUGAAUCAAAAUGGUACGAUAUGUCUGCUAAACUUAAAAAGAAUUUAAUGAUCUUUGCUUAUCAAGUCCAAAAACCUAUUUCUCUAUUAGUUUGGAAUAUUUUUCCCGUCGAUUUAAAAACAUUUGGUGGACUUCUUCAAAAAUGUUGGAGUUUCUUCGUGGCAAUGAAAAAUAUUCAGGAAAUUCAAGAAUAA